CUGUGAUGACGUGUCAAGAAAGUCCCGGAAGCGUUCAGUUGUGCCAAAAUGGCUUAUCAGACUGUUCAACAGGAAUAUUUACAGAUUCCUUUUGUGACUCGGGCAUACACAACUGCCUGUGUCCUGACUACCGCUGCUGUGCAAUUAGAACUCAUCACACCUUUCCAACUAUACUUCAAUCCUGAUUUGAUACUAAGGAAUUAUCAGGUAUGGAGACUCAUAACCAACUUUUUAUUUUUCGGUCCAGUUGGCUUCAACUUCCUUUUCAAUAUGAUUUUUUUGUACCGAUACUGUCGUAUGCUGGAGGAGGGCUCUUUCAGGGGCCGCACCGCUGACUUUGUCUUUAUGUUCCUCUUUGGUGGCCUUUUGAUGACUAUAUUUGGCACCUUUGUGAGUCUGGUGUUCUUGGGCCAAGCCUUCACCAUCAUGCUGGUGUACGUGUGGAGCAGGCGCAAUCCCAAUGUUCGCAUGAACUUCUUUGGUCUGCUGAACUUUCAGGCGCCCUUUCUCCCGUGGGUGCUCAUGGGGUUCUCUCUGCUGCUGGGGAACUCUAUCAUUGUGGACUUACUAGGUAUCGCUGUGGGUCAUGUCUACUUCUUUCUUGAGGAUGUAUUCCCAAACCAGCCAGGUGGUGGCAGAUGGCUCAAGACUCCUUUUUUUCUGUGGGAAAGGGCAGUGUGGAGUGUUUUACUCACAUCGGCUACGGAGAGCGUGAUCACACAAACCAACUCUCUUUCCACCCAUGCAUUUCCAGGGUCGUUGCGCCAUCACCUCGGCUGUUUUACACCUAGGCCUAUAUCAUUAGGAUCAAGAAUUUAAAAGUAAGAUGCUGUUUGACACUCCAGAAGAAGAUGCCAACUACAACCCCCUUCCCGAGGAGCGUCCAGGGGGGUUCGCAUGGGGAGAAGGACAGCGCCUCGGGGGUUAACCUAGCCCCCCACCACAGGAUCACUUUAUUAUGGACAUUCCCUUAGUGAGACAGAGGGACAAACUUGGUCUUUUUUUCUUGACUUAUUUCUCUAGUUCUGAAUGGAGAACGCCAGUAUCCAACCAGAGCUUUUCUGAGAUUGGUGUGUGGCUUACAUCUCCCUCAAGCUAUUAUAUAAGCCAGACUGUCACUUUAAGACCACAUGAGGACGUAACAACAGCAAGGGACUUUUGAUGGGGAACCUUUGGCUGUGUUGAUGUUUGGCUUUAUCUCUGGGGGAAUAUUGUCAAUAUGGGAAACGGAGGCAAAAAUCUGAAUUAAUUCAGAUCUGGAGUUUUUUUCCAUUUUACUUCAAUAAAUCUAUAUAAUUAACGUUUGGCAUAUAUUGCUGGAUAUAUUUUCUUUGUCAGUUUUUUGUAAGGCGUUCCAUAUUUGUUUUAUUUAAUUAAUGUGAUUUCAGUCCCAAAAGAGUGCUUGGAUGCACUAGGCAUCAACAAUGUGAACUCUUGCAUAACUUACAUAUUGAAUAAAAGCACACAUUUUGUUUA